AUGGAGAAGGCCGACUACAGUGAAAAGGUCGAAAAGACCGGUCCCAUCGUCUCGGUCUCAAGCAGCAGUAGCAGCACCAAAAGCGAGACCGCGCCACCCCUGACAGGCAACCACCACCACCCAUCGUCCCCCGGAGCCUCGCCACAAGAGGAAUACACCGUCGUCUCAUUCGAACCCAACGACCGCGCCAACCCCCACAACUGGUCAUUACUAACCAAAUCCCUAAUCUUCCUCUCCGCCUUCCUCUCCACAACAACCACCUCCUUCUCCUCGACCCUCCCCUCCAACUUCUCCCCCUCCCUGCCCGUCCUCUUCGCCGUCCCCGACCCCUCCGGCCCCCAGCGCGUGCUGCCCGCCUCGCUGUACCUCGCCGGCUUCGUCUUCGGCCCGCUGGUCUGGGCGCCCCUGAGCGAGUCGCCGCUGGUGGGUCGUUGGAGGGUGCUGGUGUCCGCUGCGGGGUUGUUUGUGGUUAUGUGUUUGGGCCAGGCGGUGGUCAGGGAGGGGGAUUGGGUGGGGUUUUUGGUGUUGAGGUUUUUUGGGGGGGUCGUGGCGUCGCCGCCGGAGACUAACAUCAUCACCAGGUCUGCAACAACAUUCGUUGGCCCCCUGGGUGCUCCGAUUUUAGCCGGCUAUGUGAGCACUUCUCUAGGAUGGAGGGCCGUCAUGUGGAUUGCGCUGUCUCUCGCUGUGGCCUCAUUCAUCGGCGUACUCCUCAUGCCCGAGACGCUAGCGUCUACUAUCCUGAGGAGAAAAGCGGCGCGGCUGAAUAAGGAGUUCCCAGGCACGGGGAAGGUCUUUGUGGCGCCGUCGGAUCUGAAACAGGAGAGUGCUUGGGUAGAAUAUAAAACAACUCUGUCGAGACCGUGGCAUCUGCUCUUUGGGGAGAUGGUAGUGUCGCUCUCUUGCGCGUACCUGGGUUUUGUCUACGCCGUGUUCUACAUGCUACUGCAGAUCUUCCCGCGCAUCUUCCAAGGCGUAUACAGCUUCACGCCCGGCAUGUCUGGCAUACUCUUCACCAUCAUGGGACUCGGCACGGCGACGGGCUGCUGCCUCUUCGUCUGGUACGACGGCGUGGCGCCACGCCUCAUCGCAAAGCACCCCACCAAGCGGGAGGAGUAUCUCCGACUCCCGCUGGUGUGUGCCGGCGGGCCCCUCUACGUCGCCUCCAUGCUGUGGCUGGGCUGGUCGGCGCGGUCCGACAUCCACUGGCUGGUGCCCCUAUCGUCCAUGAUACCCUACGGCCUAGCCUACCACUUGAUCUACGUGGGCAUCGUCAACUACGUCGCGGACGCGUACGGCAUCUACUCGGCGUCGGCGCUGGCAGCGAUGAGCAUGACGCGGAGCGUGCUGGGCACGCUGCUGCCGCUGGCCAUCGAGGACAUGGUGGACGGGCUGGGGAUCGCGUGGUCGUGCACGCUGCUGGCGGGCGUUAGUGCCGGCCUGGCGCUGGUCCCAUUCGGGUUCGUUGCAUACGGCGAGAGGAUUCGGGCGGCAAGCCGGUUUAGCGCGGCGCUCAAGCCUGCGGCGGCGGCAGCAAGGGAGGGGGGUGGUGUUGGUCUGGCGAGGGUCACGAGCUUGUCUGCGGUGUGA